CAGCAGCUGCGCCUCUCUCCUGCCUUUCCUGACGCUGAGUGUAGCCUCCCAUACAGAUGAGCGCUGGAAGCCACGCACCUCUUGACGUAGCCAUACAGACCGGUUGCGGUGCCACACUCGGUCUCCGUGCGGCACGUAUUGCGCAACGUGACUGAUGCUCUAUACUGGCUCGGUAAGGUGGAAACAUAAAAAAAAGCAGCGGUCUCAUCGGCUGUGGAUAGAAAAGCGGACCCUCCCCUCUUCAUUUUUCCAAAGAUGAGCUGAUUUCGGUGCGUCGCUCAUGAUGUGACUCAGUCAUACAUGUUUGUAUUCACGGCGAACAGCAGCCUUUUGAGGACUUCAUCCAUCAGAGUGAAGACAAGAAGAUUCUAUGUGUUUUGUAGAUGCAGAGGGAGUGACGGUGGAAUCAUUUGACAGCUCGCAAUCAACGCAGCAUCCGUGGCGCGAGCUCUGACCACAGCUGGAUUUGAUGAGCUCCGUCCGGAGGAGCCCAACCUUCAUAGAACCCCUGUUUCCUCCCUCGACAUUGGUGUCUUUUUGCUGAAUACAGUUAAAAGAGACUACUAGAGGGUAGAAGGUGGCGAGUAUUACUUUAUUUUAUUUUAUUUUUAACAGAGCGGGGCCUCUCCGCAAUGUUCCUGGCCGCGCGUCUUACCCGCCUGCCUCCUCUCAUCCUCCAGGGCGCCUCGAUGCCGUUAGACGCUCUGCAUUUUCCUUAACUAUCCUAAAUUAUAGUUUUUAUUUUAAGAAAGCUAAUUUACAUAAAUUGAUAUACCUUCUGAGAUAUACACUGACUGUUUAUUGGGGACUAAAUUAAUAGACGAGAGGUGCCGCGUGUGUGCGCUUCUGUCGCACCGCCCCGGAAAGGACUUCUUGCCGCUGAGAGAGCUGGAUAUGCAGAGAUUAACGUGAAAGGAUGGAUCUAAUUAACGCCGUUUUGGGGCUUCUGGCGCUGAUCGUUGGAGGCAUCAGUUGCCAAGGAGUGUACGCACCUCCAACUGUCCGCAUCAUUCACUCCGGGCAUGCAUGCAACGUUGAAGAGGAGAGACACACAGAGAGAGUGUACACCAUCAGAGAAGGAGAGACCCUGGAGCUCACCUGCCUAGUCACAGGUCAUCCUCGACCACAGAUCCGAUGGACGAAGACAGCUGGCAGCGUGUCAGAUCGCUUCCAGGACUCCAGUGUGUUCAACGAUACAUUGCACAUUGCAAAGAUUCAGAGGACACAGGGGGGUCGUUAUUACUGCAAGGCGGAGAAUGGCCUUGGUUCUCCAGCUAUCAAGUCCAUCCGAGUGGACGUAUAUUACCUCGAUAACCCAGUGAUUACUGUGCAUCAAAGUAUUGGAGAAGCUAAGGAGCAGUUCUAUUAUGAAAGGACAGUAUUCCUGCGCUGCGUGGCCAAUUCCAACCCGCCUGUCCGCUACAGCUGGCAUCGUGGGAGGGAGGUCUUGACUCAGGGCUCCGACAAGGGCGUGGAGAUCUAUGAGCCCUUUUUCACACAGCAGGGGGAAACAAAAAUCCUGAAGUUGAAGAACCUGCGUCCUCAAGAUUAUGCCAACUACAGCUGCAUCGCCUCUGUCAGAAAUGUGUGUGGGAUUCCUGACCGCAGCGUUAUCUUUGGACUCACCAAUAAGACAGCAUCUCCAUCUAUCAAACUACUAGUGGAGGAUCCAAUUGUGGUUAAUCCUGGUCAGACUGUGUCCCUGGUCUGCAUCACCACAGGAGGGGAGCCACCUCCAACCCUCACCUGGGUCAGCAGUAAUGACAGCCUGCCUCAGAGGAGCGUAGUGAAAGGAGGCACACUCACGCUGCCCGCCAUCACCUCAGAUGAAGCUGGGGUUUACAGCUGUGUGGCCAGUAACAAUGUUGGAAACCCAGCAAAGAAGUCCACUACUAUCGUGGUCCGAGCUUUAAAGAAGGGGCGGUUCUGGAUCACGCCUGACCCCUACCACAAUGAUGAUAACAUCCAGAUUGGACGUGAAGUCAAGAUAUCUUGUCAGGUUGAAGCGACGCCCCCAGAGGAGCUGACAUUUAGCUGGUUAAAAAACGGGCGCGCCCUCCGGAGUUCAGAGCGCAUGGUCAUUACUCAGACAGACCCUGACAUCUCACCGGGGACCACCAACCUGGACAUCAUAGACCUGAAGUUUACUGACUUUGGCACGUACACCUGUGUGGCUGCACUGAAGGGUGGCGGCAUCCCUGAGAUCAGCAUUGAUGUCAACAUUUCGUCCACAACAGUUCCUCCCAGCCUGACAGUCCCCCGGGGCAAGUCCCCCCUGGUGGCCCGUGAGGGUGACACAGUGGAGCUGGAGUGCCUUGUUUCAGGAAAGCCCAAGCCCAUCAUCCUAUGGUCGCGAGCAGAUAAGGAGGCCCCCAUGCCUGAUGGCAGCAUGCAGAUGGAGAGCUACGACGGUGUCCUGCGGAUUGUUAAUGUUUCCAGGGAGAUGACGGGGUCGUACCGCUGCCAGACCAGUCAGUAUAACGGCUUCAACGUGAAGCCAAGGGAGGCUGUGGUGGAGCUCAUCGUCCAAUACCCUCCUACAGUGGAGCCUGUUCACAUGGAGGUCCGUCAGGGUUUGGGGAGGCCAGUAGUGAUGACCUGCAGAGUGCUGCGAGCCCAUCCCUCUCGAGUGUUGCGGUUUGAGUGGCUGCUUUCAAACCGGCUGCUCCAUGCCGGGGCGUUUGACCCACACAAAGAUGAGACGGAGUACACGAUCCGCAGCCUGAAUCGUGAAGGCUGGGGCGAGUACACAUGCAACGUCAUCAAUGAGGCUGGAGCAGGCAAAUGCACCUUUCAAGUUACAGGUAAAGCUUACCCUCCAGAGUUUUACUACGAUACCUACAGCCCUCUGUGGCAGAAUAGACCCCGAGUCUAUGGCUUUAAGCUGCAGUGGACCCAGAUGAAUCCUGGUGCUGUGGACCGCAUUGUUGCAUAUAGACUUGGCAUCAGACAG